AUGAACCAGAYGCUGGUGACCGAGUUCACCAUCCUGGGAUUUUUGGAACCCCCUCGCCUGCGAGCACUACUCUUCCUGGGCUUCCUGGGCCUCUACUUGGCUGCCCUGUCGGGAAACCUGCUCAUCGUGGUGGCCAUCUGCACCAGCCCAGCUCUGCACACCCCCAUGUACUUCUUCCUGGCCAACCUGGCCGCAGUGGACAUCCUCUGCACCUCCACCAUUCUGCCCAAGCUGCUGGGCAGCAUGGUGGCUGGCAGGACCAUCUCCUAUGGGGGCUGCAUGGCGCAGCUCUUCUUCUUCACAUGGUCAAUGGGGGCAGAGCUGCUGCUUUUCUCAGCCAUGGCCUAUGACCGCUUCGUGGCCAUCUGCCAGCCAUUGCACUAUGGUGCACGGAUGGGCUCUCGGGCAUGUGCUCUGCUGGCCGUGGCCGUGUGGGCCAUCAGCCUCACCAACACCAGCGUGAACACGAGCCUCAUGCUGCGCCUGCCACUCUGCAAGUCUGGCGUCGUUGAGCACUUCUUCUGCGAGAUUCCCCCACUGUUGAGGCUGUCCUGUGCCCCCACACGACUGAACGAGGUCAUGGCCUUCACCGCGGACGUGUUCUUGGCCAUAGGCAACUUCUCGGUGACCAUGCUCUCCUAUGGCUGCAUCAUCGCCAGCAUUGUGCGCAUGCGCUCAGCAGCGGGCAAGCGCAAGGCCUUCUCCACCUGCUCCUCCCACCUGCUGGUGGUCACGCUGUAUUACUCCACCGUCAUCUACACCUACAUCCGCCCCGCGUCCAGCUACUCACUGCGCAAGGACAAGGUGGUGUCCAUCAUCUACACCUCUGUGGCGCCCACCCUGAACCCACUCAUCUACACUCUGAGGAAUAAGGACGUCAAAGUUGCACUCAGGAGACUUCUGUGCUGCUGCUGA